AUUGGGCCCAUUUCUGGGCGGCCGAACGAACGAAUCUGCUGUACGAUCAAUUCCAUCCCAUCGGAACGCUGCGCUGCUUCUGUUCGAUUCCUUCGUCACUCACUUACUAAUGCCAUUUCCACUUCGCUGUUGAAGUCCUUCAAAUUCUUGCUCAUCCAGGAGGUACUCAUAGUCGAAUUGACCGAAUUUCCAAGAACCCCCGCUCCUUUUGCUCUGCUGACGAGGUGCCCCAUCCGCUAAACUUUCUAGGGCUACAACGGCGCCAGAUGAUUUGGGGUUGAUCGACUUCGCCGCAGUCGAAUUUGUGCUUCUUGUUCUUGGAUUUUGUACCACAGAAGACAAGGAUAUCAAACUGAUUGUGUAAUGGUCGGGGGUUUUGGACAUACGGCCAUUGGACUGAGUGAGAGAGGGGCGACCUUUCUUUAAAUGGAACCAGAAGAAGAGCCUCAGCAAAAGCGACCUCACCUCGACAACAACGACUCCUCAAUGGCUCGUCACUCUUCUUCUCCUCCUCCUGAUGACAACAAACCUGUGGAUGCAGCAGUUCUGCAGUAUCAGAACCAGAAACUUGUUCAACAGUUGGAAACACAGAAGCAUGGACUCCAUGAUCUUGAAUUGAAAAUCCAAGAAUUGAAAGAAAAGCAAACUGCUUACGAUGACCUAUUAAUUAAUGUGAAUCAACAAUGGAACCAGUUGAUUGACGAUAUCAUUUUGCUUGGAGCACAAGCUGGGGCUGCCCAAAGUGCUUUGCAAAGUUUCAAUGAUGUAGAAUCUUCUCGAGGGUCUAUUCCGUCGUGUCCUGCGGAGGAUAUAUUUCUUUGUAGGUUGUUACAAACGGAAAGCAAAACUGAUGGAUCAAUUAGCUAUAUCAAAGAAACUCUUGCAUCACGUCAGACUUCUACUAGAGAGAUGAUGAAAUUACUAGAAAAUGCUAUUCAUUCUCGGAGAACAAAGUUAAAGGAUAUUGCCCGGAUUUUUUCCGAAAAACCAUCAGCUGAAGAUGCUGUUAUCCAAUUGCGUAAGCUUGGUGGCUUUGUAACGGAGGAGACGAAUUGGCUUAAUGAGGUUAUUGAAGUGCUUCAUCUUAAACAGAAACAGUAUGCUGAUGAGAUUGAAACUCGCAUGAAAAACCAUUUGGCUGAUCAGUUAGAGAUUAAGCGCCUUGCUGGAGAGGUGGAAGAAAGCUUGGCAGAACUGGAAGAAAGUAGAAGGAAACUAAUUAAUCUCAAAAUGCAGAAGGAUGGGGUUUCUGGAAUACAUGUUCCAAUUCCUAUCCCUGCUAUAGUUCCUAAUGCUGUGAAUGGAACCAUCUCUCCAGAAAAACAUACUGAUAGGUCUAAAAGAUUACGAGAACUUAAAGAAUCUCUUGAAGCAGCAAAGUUACUAGCUGAGGAUAGGCUUUCUGAGAUAGAAGAUGCUCAGGAGGAUAACAAAGUUUUGUCAAAGCAGCUGCAGGCUCUUCAGGAUGAAUUGAAAGAGGAGAAGUACGUCUAUACAUCUCGCCCUUACUCCUUCAUGAAUGAGCAACUCCAGCAUUGGAAUGCUGAGGCAGAGCGCUGUAGAGCAUCAACAGAAUCUGUACAAGCUGAAAAGCAUUCCAACAUGCGAAAGCUGAAAGAAGUGACAGCAAAAUUGGACUCUAUAGAUGCUGCAAGGAAUGCUAUUGUUAGUUCAGAGUCCAAGCUUGAAGAAUUGCAGAAUCAGUUGCAAACAACUGUUGCUGAGAAGAACGAGUUGGAGAUGAAGCUGGAAGAAGUUAUGCAAGAUUUAGGAAGAAAAGAUGUCAGAGAAGAGUUUGAGGUGAUGUCAUCUGCACUGUCAAAAGAAAUGGAGAUGAUGGAAACUCAAUUACACAAAUGGAAAAAUACGGCUGAUGAGGCCCUCUCCUUGCGUGAGAAAGCCCACUCACUCAAUGCAUUGCUAAAUGUGAAGACUACUGAAUUAACAAAGUUGGCUGAUGAUUAUGUUCAGGAGAGGAGGGAAAUCAAGUCUUUGAAGGACAUUAGUGACAAAAUGCAGAAGGAAAAUCAAGAGCUAGAAAUCUUCUUGGAUAUGCUGGGUCAGCAAAUUUAUGAUAAUAGGAGCUUGGCUGAAAUUAAAGAAUCAGAGCAUAGAGCACGCUUGCAAGCUGAAACUUUGAAGAGUGCUCUAGACGAACAUAGUUUAGAAUUGAGAGUAAAAGCUGCUUAUGAAGCUGAGGCAGCAUGCCAUCAGAGGCUUUCUGUUGCUGAAGCUGAGAUAGCUGAAUUAAGAGCUGAGUUGGAUGCUUCUGACAGAGAUGUACUAGAACUCAAGGCAGCAAUCAAGAUUAAAGAAGGUGAUGCAGAGUCCUAUAUAUCUGAAAUCGAGACUAUUGGUCAAGCUUAUGAAGACAUGCAAGCUCAGAAUCAGCGUUUGUUGCACCUAGUUACUGAAAGGGAUGAAUUUAAUAUAAAGCUGGUAUCCGAUAGUGUUAAAGCUAAGCAAUCGCAAAGCAUAUUACUGUCUGAGAAAGAAGGCUUAGCAAAUCAACUCAAACAAGUUAAUGGAUCACUUGAAGCAUUGAAGUCAAGAAUAAAUCACUUUGAGGAGCAGAUGAAAGUUCACUUCCCAGAAGCAUUAAGUGUGAUUCAAGAAGAGAGGCCUAAGGUGAACUACGAAGUUCUAAAGUGGCAGUUAACAGAGGCUGAGAAGGAACAUAAGAUGCUGAAAUCUUGUCUGUUAUCAUCCGAGAAAGAACACGAGCAGCUCCUGCGAAAAAUAGAUGAUGUAAAGAUACAAUUAAAUGAUGACAGGAUGAUGAUGAUUAUGAACAAUGGAAUGCAAUGCAGAAGUGAGGGAAAGAAGCUGGAUGAAGAGGUGGACGAGCUGAAGAGAAGAGUUGACGAGCUGACCGAGGAGACUGGGGAGGCAGCAAUACAGAAGCUGCAGGAUGAGAUCAAAGACUGCAAAGCCAUAAUUAAGUGUGGGGUGUGCUUCGAUAGACCUAAGGAGGUUGUGAUAGUGAAGUGCUUCCAUCUGUUCUGCAACCAAUGCAUCCAAAGAAAUCUAGAGAUCCGGCACCGCAAGUGCCCCGGGUGUGGAACUGCGUUUGGGCAGAAUGAUGUUCGGUUUGUAAAGAUCUGAUGGAGAGGGAUUUAUGAUGUGAAUGUGAAUGUGAAGCAAGGCAAGGAAGGAAGGAAGGGGGGGCGAAAGAGAUUGAAUUGAGGCUCAGGCACGAAGGCAUGCAGGCUGUUAUGGUGUGGGAGUGAGUGUUGUAGCAAAUGAAUCCAAUAUAAGUUAGUUAGAUGGCUAGCUAGUUGUUAGUUAAUUGCCUGUGUGUGUCUGAAUAGCAGUUAGUGAGUGAGUGAAGAGUGGAGUGGAGUGGAUGGAUGGAGUGACCGGGAGAGGGAGAAAGAGAGACCUGAAUGAUGAAUGAUGAUGAUUUUGGUGAAUGAAUGAAUGAAUGGGAAGCAGCAGCAGCAGCAGCAGCAGCAUUGAUUGAUU